UUAAAUCAAAAAUAUUAAUUGUAGUUUCGUGUUUCGUCCUAUAAUAGUUUCUUGUGUUUGUUAAAUAUAUAACUGUGCUUCUUUGUCCGUAAUAUUUUUAUACAUUUCCUAUAUCGCUGGAAACACAACGUGGCUGUGACCUUUGUUCUUUUGCAAACUGUGUUGUGCAUACUAUCUUAAGACAUUAUCUAACUUUAUAUAUCGGAUGUGUGUCUCGGUUCUCUCUCUUUUUUCAAAUAAAAACACAGACAAAAGAAAAACACUGCUGAUCCAUCAGAUUGAAUUCAAUAUUUAAAAAAGAAGAAACAGAAUCUAAUCCAAUCAUAAUAUUUACAUAAACAUAAAAGUUGGUUGAACUGUUUCAUUGUAGAAGAAUAUUCAAAUGAGUGCUGUUGAAACAUUAUGUAUUCGUUUUAGAACAAAUGUCUUCGAAUUGAAAGUCUAAUUUUUUAUUAUUUGGCUAAAUGAAAGUGAUUUGAAUUUUGUGUAUUGACUUAGUCAUGUGUGUUUUUCUGAGUUAAUUUUUUUUUUUUUUUUUUGAAAUAAAAAUCGAAAUUGUAACACAAUUCAAAAUGAAUCAUUCAAAUUCUAUCAAGGAUAUAAUCAAUAAAAUGGAAUCGCCACAACGGCCCAGCGGCAUUCCAAUAUCGAAAGGAACGCCGAAGCUUCGGUUCAAUAAAACAUUCAGCAAAAGUAAUGAUGGCAACUUGAACGACAACGGUGCUGAUUCACUUGAAUUGGAUACAUUCACAUUACUCGAAGAAAACAGUUCUCUGAAGGAGGAAAAACAAAAUCUUAUCGACAAAUUGACUGAAGUUGUGGGAAAAAAUAACGAACUAUCGAUGCAACUAACUAAAUUAACCGGUGACCUAGAUAAAGCUACAACUCUUCAAAAGACUCGAGAUGUGCAAAUUCAGAAAAUUAUCGAAAAACUUCAGAAUGAGGUUGAGGAAAAGCAGAAAUUGCAACGAUUCAUUGAACAACAGAGUGUGAUUGUUAAAACGUUAAAGGAAACAAUUCGUUUACACGAAGUGAACCAGAACUACCUCUUGGAAGCUAGUAAAGAAGCUAAAACUAAACUCAGCGACCUUGUACCUGGAAUGAAGGAAUUGGAAGUUCAUUCGAAUAAUACCAAAAAGGAUAUUUUAGCGACGCAAACGCUGGAACAGCUGGUCGUGGACAUUGGUAACAUCAGAACUCAUUUGAAUACGACCGAACUCCAAUUGUACGAAGCGAAUGAGAAAAUAUCGGAACUUAUUGAAAAUCAACAUCAGUUGGAGAAAGAAAACGAGAGUCUAAAGGUUGAAAAUACGAAUUUGGAACAAGUAGCAAUGUUAAUGACUAAUGGAAUGAAGGAGAGCGUGGAUACGAGCAAGAGAAUGGAAGAAGCAAUUUUAAAGAUGAAAAAACGAAACGAUGAAUUAGUUAAAGAAAACCGAGACGCUGUGGAUAGUCCGGGCAGUCCUAAAUUUAUGCCACCCAAUGAGCAAGUAGUACAGUUGCGUGAUGAGCUUAGCAAAAAAGAAAUCGAACAUUCGGAACGGAUUGUCGAAAUGACAAGACAAAUGGAAGCGACCAUUCAAAGUAACUAUAAAGAGGAAAUUCAAAUGUUGCUUGUUAAGGUUGAAAUGCUAGAAAAUGAAUUAAACUUAGCCAACAAUAGAGCGGACAAAGCUGAAAAUGAGCUGGCUGAUCUAAAGAAAAUGUCAUUCAUAAAAAAUCAUCUUGACAACGUGGGCACACUGUAUCAAGAUAAUUUAAUUUCAUUUGCACCAACACCCAAACAACCGACUGUAGCACAAGAAACACAGCAGCCUAUUCCUCCACCACCACCACCGCCGCCACCGCCACCACCACCACCAAUGAUGCCAAAGUUUAAUUUACCCCAUACUAACAUUACUAAAAAUGGAACUAGUCUUAAUGAUAGCAUUGCUGCCUAUGAAUUUAAAAUGGGGAACGAUAAUAUACACAAUCAACAAGUACAGGCAACAGGUAUGGACGCUAUAAUUUCCCAAAUUAAGGAUGGUACUGUAACGCUACGGAAACGACGACGCAAAACUCAAACCAAUGCAGCGCUACAGGAAAUGUUUCAAAUACUUGAGAUAAGUCGUAAGCAAAACCGAAAUUCAAAUAUUUUAGUUAGUUCACAAUUGAAUGUUGCUUUGUCUUCGCCGAAAGCAUCGACGGAAGACGUACUUUAACAUUGUACUCAAAAAUAAACUUAUUUUUUUUCUAAUUGAAA